AUGGUUCUUUCUCAAAAGCUUCACGAAGCUUUCAAAGGCACUAUGGAGAGAUUUACAGGCCCAAGAACCGUUUCCGCCUUCAAAGAGAAAGGAGUUCUUACCGUCUCCGAAUUCAUCGUCGCCGGUGAUAAUCUCGUUGCUAAAUGCCCCACUUGGUCAUGGGAAACGUGUGAGCCAAGCAAGAGGAAGCCAUACUUACCAUGUGACAAACAAUUCUUGAUUACUAGAAAGGUCCCUUGUCUGCGGAGAGUUGCGUCUAUUGAAGAAGAAUAUGAAGCUGCCGGAGGGGAAGUUCUACUUGAUGAUGAAGAUAAUGAUGGAUGGCUAGCAACUCAUGGAAAACCUAAAGUAAUUAAAUCGGACGAAGAUGAGAAUUUCCCUUCCAUGGAAAGUCUAGAAAUCAGCGAAAAGAGUUCUAUUAAGCCAGUUUCUUCCUCCCUUGAAGGUGAGGACGAUGAAGAUAUUCCUGAUAUGGCAGAGUUUACAGAAUAUGACAACAUUAUUGAGACUGAUCCGGCCACUCUUCCGUCCACAUAUCUAGUAGCUCAUGAACCUGAUGAUGAUAAUAUUCUACGAACUCGCACCUAUGAUAUCAGCAUCACGUAUGAUCAGUAUUAUCAGACACCUCGUGUGUGGCUUACUGGAUACCAUGAGUCAGGAAUGCUAUUGCAACCAGAACUUGUCUUUGAAGACGUUAGUCAAGACCAUGCACGCAAAACGGUAACAAUUGAGAACCAUCCUCACUUGCCUGGAAAACAUGCAUCUAUUCAUCCUUGUCAACAUGGAGCAGUGAUGAAGAAAAUCAUUCAUGUGUUGAUGUCACGUGGAGUUGAGCCUCAAGUUGACAAGUAUCUGUUUUUAUUCUUGAAAUUUAUGGCUUCUGUUAUUCCAACAAUCGAGUAUGAUUACACCAUGGACUUCGAUCUCGGUAGCUUCUGUAAUUGA